ACACAUGGUACCCUCAGGGUGCUGCCCUGCUCUAUCAUCACAGUGAAGAAAUCAUGAAUCAUCAGUAAGGGCCUGAGUCGAAGCUAACAUUGUUUUUUUUAAUUACAGACGUCAAAUUAUUUGAGCUGUUGCGAACAGUAGUCCACUUGGGAAAUCUGAUAUUCGACGGAAAUAUUUAACUUAGUUUUAACAUUUCACAACCUGAUUGUUAGUCUUUGACGUUAGCUCCAGCUAACCCACCCAGCUCACUUUGUAAACACUUUAGUAAAAGAUGGCUGACAACGGAGCACACCCGAAUGAAGAGGAUCCGGCUGCGGCUUUCCUGGCUCAACAAGAGAGUGAGAUAGCGGGGAUAGAAAACGACGGAGAGGGAUUUGGGGCGCUGGAAGAAGCGGACGGAGAACAACCGUCUGAGCCGCAGUCUUCAUCAAACUAUGACGACUUCGCAGAGGAGCCUGUCACUGUGAAUGGGGACAUGUUUCAGGAGUCAAACGGCCCCACAGACAACUAUGCAGCCAUCGCCCAGGUCGAUAUUCAGAGGCAAGAGCCAGAGAGUUUACGCAAGUGGAGGGAGGAACAGAAGACACGCCUUGAGGCAUUAGACUCUGCAUCCAAGACGGCAGAGGCAGAAUGGAGAGAGAAAGCCAAGAAGGAGCUGGAGGACUGGCAUGUACAUCAGAAUGAGCAGAUGGAGAAGAACAAGGCCAACAACAGGAUUGCUGACAAGGAUUUCUACAAACAGCCAAACUCUGAUGUUAUAGGCCUUGUAGCGUCAGAGGAGGCUUUCCUGGAAGAGAGCGAUGGUGACAGUCCAGGAUCUGAAUGGGAGAGAGUAGCUCAUCUCUGCGACUUUAAUCCUAAAACCAACAAACAGGCAAAGGAUGUUUCUCGAAUGCGUUCAGUCCUCAUCUCUCUCAAACAGACACCUCUAGUCCGCUAGAGGACGCUGCGCCGAGAGUUUUCUGUUCUAGUAAACAUUGCCUUUUCAUUUUUAACCUCACCUUGCUUCAGAAAAGUUUGUAGGCUCUUUUCCAUAAAACUCCUGGUAUGUUUAUAACCUUUAAAAACGACCCAUCUUUCUUGAUGCCUAUUCUAUUGAAAUCAUUUACUUAUCCCGCUCUCUUGUGAGAAGAUGAAGGACUGCUCUAUUGUUACGACACCCUUUAGCUGGUCAGUUUGAUCACUGCUAUACUUAAGGAUAUAUUGUUACUGUAAGUUAAACAUUUCCCUCCCUCUUUAACUUAUAAAUUGUUUUUAGGUCAACUUUGUUGCAUGCCUUUUCCAAUAUUUUGGAUGCACCCUUUUAAUUUGUUUUAUAAAUAAGCAUUUUUGGUAGAUGUCAAACACUGACUUAUGAAGCACUAUUGCAUAUUAGAUUGUAACCACUUAUGCCUCUCAUCAUUGAAGAAUAACGGUCUUUGUUCACAUUUGCUGUAUUAUAUCCCUAAUGACCAUAUUUAACGUAGCUAGCAUAUGUUGCUCCUCAUACUCACAAGCUUGUGGCCUUUUUGAUGUAGCUCUUACUCUAUUUUGAGUAUUCAUCUAGAUGGAUUUUCUCUUCAAUUGGGCAAGAUUUCAGCAAAAUAAAAUAAUCACAACCAAAGAUUUCUGCCAUCAUCUAAAUUUUCAGAGAUCACAUGAUUAUCGAUUUCUCGUUUAACUGAGUUUUUGCCAUUUUUUUGUUACAAUGUUUGUUUUUAAAGCAGCGUUCAAUGAGGUGUCAAAAAUCAACAGUAAUGGAUGCACAUAGUUUCACGUGUUGCCUAUUUGGACAUCAUGAAUACUGAAAUAAGUGAAUGUUAAAAGGGAACUUGAAAAUAAAGGCUAAGUAUGAUCACCUAAACAAAUGUUAAAUAUUCCAGCUAAGAUCUAAAUGCCCUGCAGAUAAUCGUUUUUUUAGUUGAUGUGAGGAGAUAAAGUCAGAUAUGGCUUUGUGCCAAAAUCCAAACUAAACAUGCACUCAGGCAUACAUUAGAGGAAAAGUGUGCUACUCAGAAAUUGGCAGACAACCCCCCCAUAUAGCAUUCAAAUGUUAAAGACACUGAUGAUAUGGGAUAUCUGAGAAGCAGGAACAAUCUUCCAGCACUACAUUUGUUUUUGUUGUCUGUCACUUAUCACACUUAGCUGGCCACUGAAAUGCCUUUGCAUGGAUAAGAUGAUUUCACAAAGUGCUGUCCUUUCCAAAAAAUACAACAUUUUGUGCACUCCUAGGUCAGGCUUCAUCUUUAAUUGAUGGUUUAUUGAGUGUUAAGGUGGACUUCAGAGAAACCCCUCCUGGCAUUUAGAUCUACUCACCAAGGCCAUUAAUAUAGAAACUGUUUUCACGUUGAAUUUCCCCACUGUUUUUUUUAAAUAAAGUGUCGAAUAAAGGUUGUGUAAGGAGUAGAUGUCACCUGAA